AUGGUGCAGAGGUGUGUAGCGCAAAUCAAGCACACUCUACAGAUCGAGACAGUAACCAGCAACGGCUACAGAAGCAAGAAGAAGACAAGAAAGGACGACGAGGGAUUCGAAUUCGAGGUGGUGCGGCACCGGGGGCCCAUAGGGCAGGCCGGUGACUGGCAUUGGUCCGAUGAGGAGUCCGACGACGAUGAGCCGGAUAUGAUAGAUCCGGCAAUCGCCGCCUCCUCGGACGAGGAGAACGAUGAGGACGGAGAUGAUAGUGGCUACGGGACAGAGGAGAGCGAAGCCGAGUCGGUGGUGAACCAGGGCCACCAGGAGGAGGAUGAUGAUGAAGAAAUGUGGAGAGAGCUGGACGAGGCGAUACGUAUGAUGGAUGACGAAGCGGCGGGAGAUGCGAGCAGCGGCCGAAGUAGCCCAGAGGAGUAUGCGCCAUGGGAACAAAAUGAGAUCCAUGAGCCUCCAGCAAGAUUGUGGGAGCCAGCGCGGCCAUCAACGCCGUUUCGUAUGGUGGACUCAAUGUCAGAGGCCAGCGAAACGGCGGAGAUGGCCGUGGCUGAUGAAGGUGCGGCUGAUGGAGUAGCCAGCACCGAGCCGGAGGGGACGGAUUGGGAGGCAGAAAGGGCUAUAUGCGAGGUUUCCUGCAUGCAAGAAUCCUAG